AUGAAAGCUUCUGAAAAAAAAGAAGAAAAAAAAGAAGAAAAACAGGACGAAAAACGACCUAAGCCAGUGUUCCAGGAAUCUUCUCUGUAUCCUAAUCUGAUUGACCUGGAAACAGAGUUGUUCCCACCCCUGUACACGGAUCCACAUCCACCCUUGCUUCCACAGGUUCCACAAGUUUCAUCGGGAGAAGCCCGGAGGAGGGCAGAGCUCUCGGCUCCUCCUAGGGAAGGGGGCCCCACCCAGGGAACUCAGGGAAGAGCAAGGGAAAUGGCCAGCGCAGCGGAAGAAGAAGGCCUGGAAAUUCCCUCCUCCACUGUUCACGUGUUUCUGGUCUGGGCGGGUCCAGCCAGAGAGGGUGGGAAACAGACAUAUCAGUAUUGGCCCUUUUCCACUAGUGAUUUGUACAAUUGGAAAACUCAGACUCCCUCUUUCUCUGAAAAACUGCAGGGUCUUAUUGAUCUUUUAGAAUCUAUCCUCUUUACUCACAACCCCACUUGGGAUGAUUGUCAGCAACUGUUACAGGUGCUUUUCACUACAGAGGAGCGUGAGCGAAUCCUGUUAGAAGCUCGGAAGAACAUGCCGGGGGUAGAUGGGAGGCCCACAAUACAGCCUAACCUCAUUAAGGAGGGGUUCCCCUUGGUGCGACCCAACUGGGACUUCGAACGCGAUGAAGGUAGGGAGCGUCUCCAAGUGUACCACCAGACCCUUAUGGCUGGCCUUAGAGCGGCCACCAGAAAGCCAACUAAUUUGGUCAAGGUAAAUUCAGUGAGGCAAGAGCCAAAUGAGAGCCCGGCAGCCUUCCUUGAAAGGAUAAUGGGAUUUAGACAGUAUACUCCUAUGGACCCACAGGCAGAUGAGUCUCAAGCAGCAGUUAUGCUAGCAUUUGUGAAUCAGGCAGCCCCCGAUAUUAGAAGAAAGUUACAAAAGAUAGAGAGGCUGGGUGAACAGUCCCUGCAAGAUCUAGUGAGGGCAGCAGAGAGAGUUUUCAAUCAAGAGACCCCAGAGGAGAGAGAGGACCGCAUUAGAAGGAAAGAAAGAGAAUUUAGAGCUGAAGAAAACCAUAAGAACCAAAAAGAGCUGGCUCAGAUAUUUUUCGCCGGAGUUGAAAACAAAAAUAGGUUCCAAAAAGGGAAAAAGCUAGACUCAAAGACUGAGGAAAAACCUGCAAGGCGUAAGCUUGAAAAAAACCAAUGUGCGUUUUGUAAGGAGAUUGGACAUUGGAAAGAUAAAUGCCCCAAGAAAAACCUAAAAGAGGGGCCCAAAAAUCCCAAGAAUGAGACUCCCUCUCCAGACAGUCAUAUCCUCUACUCGGGUGAGGAUAGUGACUAGGGGGGUCAGGGCUCGACGCCCCUCCCCGAGUCCUGGGUAACUAUAAAUGUGGAGGGGAAACCGGUUGGCUUCAUGGUGGAUACGGGAGCUCAAUACUCAGUCUUAAACCAAAGAGAUGGACCCAUGUCUAAGAAAAGUAGCUGAGUACAGGGAGCAACCGGGACUAAGCGAUAUGGAUGGACUACAAAACGGCAUGUGAACUUGGGGGCCCACCAAGUGACCCAUUCCUUUCUGGUGAUACCUGAGUGUCCAGCGCUCUUGCUGGGAAGAGAUUUACUGUCUAAAGUAAAGGCCCAAAUUCAUUUCGACCACAGGCAAGUGUCAGUUUUAGAUGGAACUGGGCAUCCUCUUCAGGUCUUGUCUCUGGCAUUAAAGGAUGAAUACAGACUGUACUUGCCAGAGGCCCCAGCGACAAUAAGUCCCAAAGUACAGCCAUGGGUUCAGAGAUACCCUCAGGCCUGGGCUGAAACAGCAGGAAUGGGACUGGCCAAACAGGGGCCCCCUAUUAUUGUGGAACUGAAAGCCAGUGCCACACCGGUAAGAGUGCGGCAGUAUCCCAUGAGUCAAGAGGCUCGGCAAGGAAUUACUCCUCACAUACAACGCCUCAUAGACGCUGGGGUCUUGAGAAAGUGCCGGUCCCCAUGGAACACUCCCCUGCUUCCCGUAAAGAAGCCUGGGGGAACUGAUUUUAGACCGGUUCAAGACCUGCGAGAAGUCAACAAACGGGUGAGUGAUAUUUCUCCUACGGUUCCUAACCCUUAUACAUUGCUAAGCAGCUUGCCACCAAGCUACGUUUGGUAUACUGUUUUAGAUUUAAAAGAUGCCUUUUUCAGUCUGCCUCUUGCCCUUGCGAGCCAAGAGAUCUUCGCCUUCGAAUGGCAGGAAGAUGGUGGUCAGACUCCUGUGCAGCUGACGUGGACUCGCUUACCACAGGGUUUCAAAAACUCACCCACGUUGUUUAACGAGGCCUUGGAUGAAGACCUCCAUGAGUAUCAGGUUGAACACCCUACCAUUGUUUUAUCACAAUAUGUUGAUGACCUUAUGCUGGCAGUGACUACAGAAAAAGAGUGCCAAGAGGCAACAGGUGACCUUCUCCAAACCUUGGGGACUUUAGGUUACAGGGCCAGUGCCAAAAAGGCCCAGAUUGCCAAGCAAGAGGUUACAUACCUCGGUUAUAAAAUAAAACAGGGCCAGAGGUGGCUAACACAGGCUAUGAAAGAAACCAUCCUCCAGAUCCCUGAGCCGGCCAACCCUAGACAAGUGAGAGAAUUUCUGGGAACUGUGGGAUAUUGCCGAUUAUGGAUCUUGGGGUUUGCAGAAAAGGCCAGGCCCCUGUAUGAAGGGACCAAAGAAAACAAAGACUGGAAAUGGACUGAGUCAAUGAAAACGGCCUUUCAGGAGCUCAGGCGUGCCUUGCUGGAAGCUCCUGCCCUUGCCCUUCCUGACCCAUCUAAGCCUUUCCAAUUAUUUAUAGAUGAAAGGCGAGGGAUAGGAAAAGGGGUACUAACACAGAAGUGGGGACCUUGGAAGCGUCCCAUAGCUUACCUUUCCAGGAAAUUGGACCCAGUGGCAGCCGGAUGGCCACCUUGCCUCUGAAUCAUCGUGGCCACCGUGCUCCUAGUCCAUGAUGCUGAUAAACUGACUUAUGGACAGAGACUCUUGGUCUAUACUCCUCAUGCUAUAGAGAGAGUUCUGAAACAACCCCCGGGUAAAUGGAUUUCCAAUGCCCGCUUGACACACUACCAGGCCCUACUACUUGACACCUCAUGGAUUCAUUUUCAAACGCCCUGCACUCUAAACCCGGCUACUCUUUUGCCCAAUCCGGAGGGGGAUAGCCCCCUCCACGAUUGCGAUGAGAUACUGGCCGGAGUAAUGGCAAUACGGAAGGACUUAGCAGAUACGCCACUGGAUAACAGUGAGCUAAUAUGGUUUACAGAUGGAAGCAGUUAUGUAAAAGAUGGACAGAGAUGGGCGGGGGCCUCAGUGGUAGAUGAUUCUGGACGGACGAUAUGGGCGGAGACUCUUUCCCCAGACACCUCAGCACAAAGAGCAGAGUUAAUUGCCCUGAUUCAAGCAUUAGCGAGAGCUAAAGGAAAAAGAAUAACUAUUUUUACUGACAGUCGCUAUGCUUUUGGCAUGGUACACAUCCAGGGCCCGAUAUGUCGGGAACGGGGGUUUUUGACAGCUGAAGGAGAGAUUAAAAACUUGCCAGAAAUCCGUCGACUUCUGGAGGCUGUGCAGUUGCCUCGGGCUGUGUCAAUAGUACAUGGACCUGGACAUCAAAAAGGGGACAGCCCCACGGCACGAGGAAAUCGUGCCGCAGAUCUGGCAGCUCGAAAAGCAGCUGAUAAAGAUUUUAUCACUCCGGUGUUGGCAAUAAGACUUCCACCCCCAGGUACGGGAACUUUGCCCCCAACCCCUGAGUAUUCAUCCACAGACCUUGCCUGGAUCCAGGAAUGUCCCAACCUCCAACAAAGAGAGGAUGGAUGGUACCGAGACUCCGAUGGUUACUUGAUACUCCCUCAGCACUGGGAAAUAGAUUUCACCGAGGUAAGGCCAAGCAAGUAUGGUUACCGGUGCUUGUUAGUGUUGGUAGAUACCUUCUCAGGGUGGGUAGAAGCUUUUCCUACUAAGGGAGAAACUACAAUGGUAGUGGCUAAAAAGAUUUUAAAAGAAAUAGUUCCCAGGUUUGGCCUGCCGGUGACUGUUGGCUCUGAUAAUGGACCUGCUUUUGUGAGCCAAAUAGUUCAGAGCCUUGCCCUAGCUCUGGGGACCAAAUGGAAAUUACAUUGUAAAUACAGCCCACAGAGCUUGGGGCAAGUUAAAAGGAUGAAUUGGACCCUAAAGGAAACUUAAACUAAAUUGGCUAUACAGACUGGCGGGGACUGGGUGACUCUCCUUCCCUUCGCCCUCUUUCACCCACGUAAUACUCCUUAUCAGCUUAAUCUGACCCCAUUUGAAAUUCUGUAUGGGCGACCUCCCCGUGUAUGUCCAAUAUUUGAAGGAAAGAAACUUCCACCUCCUACUUUGGGACAAUUCCAGGAGGCUUUGAUGGCUUUGGGCAAAGUGCAUUCUCGCGUCUGGAAACUGCUCCGGGAAAUACAUGAGGGUCAAAACAAGGGGACUAUCCGCUCACAUAACAUCGGCCCCGGAGAUUGGGUGUGGGUCAAAAGGCACCACACCAAAGCACUAGAACCUAAAUGGAAGGGUCCUUAUGUUGUUCUUCUUACCACCCCAACUGCCCUAAAGGUCGACGGUAUCGGGCCUUGGGUGCCUUGCAACCACCUACGCCCAGCUACUUCAGCAGUAGGCCUCAACGCCUCUUACGACCUGGCCAACGGCACCGAUCCUCCCCAAUGUCGAUGGGGAGAAUGA